AUGGAUUCUUCGCUACACGAGGUCUGGCAAGCUGCGUCAGGCAACCCAUUCCACCCAUCCAUCAGCAAGGACAGCCAAUUCUACAUUUCCUUCCUUCUUCUGUUAUUUGGAAUCGCCGUCACUGGUGUUUUCGCUCUGAACCGAUCUUUUGCCAGUGUCAUCGCACUCGGUAUUCCCGCUUCGCUAGCUAUUGCAUUCGGAGUUGUGUAUAUGUUCUGUGCGGUCGGAGUCUACGUCUAA